GUUCGGGGCCACAUUCUGACCGGGACAGCCGGACUGUGACAUCGGUCCUGGAGACGCGAGUGACCUCUUGGAGCCCUGUGUGAAGAUGAAUAUCAUCAGUGAUAAAACACUGCGCAGAUUGCCUUCAAUUUCAGUGCCAACAGAUUAUCUAGAGCAGCGUCGCACUUCACGCCUGUCUUGUUGGAGGCCUUUUCCUUGGCGGAAGGAUGGUGUCUUGAAGACGAUGCUGGUGGGAUUCCAGAAACACUUAGUUUGAAGGUCUACAAAGAGCGAUUUUUUGGGUUUGUCUCUUUUUUUGACUACUGAAUUUGCACAGCUUUAGCAAGCAGCGCGUCUGAUUGAUGACUAUGAAGACUUUGGGGAAUGGCCACAUCCUUGGGGCAUUACUUGGUGUUUUCUAUCUACCGUCGGUAGUUUGCUAUGACUGGGUGACCAUCCCGGCAGCGCUGGCGUCCGCUCCGGCCAGACUGGCCGUCAACAGCACGUCCUGCAGUGUCACUUGCGGGCUGGGCUUCAAACAGGAGGAGUCAUGCGAGGUGACGCCGGCCGGCGAGAGGAAGGAUUGUGUCAUGCGCACGUCCCGCUGCCUGACCCGCUGGUUUUGUGGCUUGCUCCACUUCACCAUCCCCGUGGGCAAACCCUUCCAGCUCACCUGCCAACCCUCGGACACGGCCGAUUUCGAUCGCCAAGCCUAUGGCUACGUGUGGAAGUUUGCUCAAGGCCUCAUCACCACGGAAAACGUGCUGUUCAAACGCCUCCAAGAGAACGAUACUGUCCUCAGGUUUUCCCCUACCAGGGAGUCUGAUGGAGGGACUUAUCGGUGCGACGUGCGGGAGCUGAAGACGUUCAAACUCAUCAAGAGGGUCUAUUUUGGGGUCAGGGUGAUCCGGAGGGACUUAGUGGAUCUGAACUUCCAAAAAUCCCUGACCUGGGAACAGAAACUAACGGCAUACGGGGGGGAAGGAAACACAGUCAACAUCACCCGCGAAGUGGUGCAGACGGAGCGGGAGUUUUGGCAGAGGCAAUUCUUCCACGAAGGUUUGAUAGGAGCUGCAGGUGGAGUGGCCGCGGGUCUCGUCGUCAUCGUGCCGCUCUGCUGCUUGUGGAAGAUUUUGAGGAGGAGAGCUGCCGAGAGGAAGAUUUAAUGCCA